AGGACGGGCAGGGGGCGCGCGCGGGGCUGCAGCAGCUGCAUGUGCUGGGCGCGGAGCGGAACGGAACCGAACGGGACGGGAACGGGAACGGGACCGGGAACGGGAACGGGACAGCGCAGAACGGGGCGGCACGGCCGGAGCCGGCGAGCAGCCUCGCUGUCCGCUGGGAUUGAUGGAGGUGCUGAGGAGCAGCUCUGAGCCCCGCAGCCCCCACCAGCUCGCCCCAUAAAGCAGCGCCCGGCCGCCUCGCUUCGUCUCCCCCAGCAUCCCGACCCUCCGACUCAACCAUUCAAGGCUCCUGUGCAUGGAUCGCCCCAGCGAGGCGCCGCUGCCGGACGCCGCCGACGCCGCCCCGUAGGCUCCCGGCCCCCCGUGCCACCCCCAAGUACUCCACAUACCCCGAUGGGGUAACGUGACGGGGGUCACCCUCCCGCCACCUCCAACACCCCCCAUAUGCAGAGGCCUUUCUAGAGCGCCCGGGAGCGCGCGGCAGCCGCUCGCCGUCGCACACGCACCGAGGACGCCGACACUACAGCAAAGGGAUUCUUGGUUUUGGUUUGGUUUUGGGUUUUCCUUUUAAUUAUUAUUAUUAUUAUCAUUAAUAUUAUUUUUUGCCCGUCUGGCUUUUCCCCCCUUCCCACCCCGGGGAGCUUGCGGUGUGGUUGAGGAAGCCAGCGCGCUCCCAAGAGCUGGGAUUAUUUGCACAACGUCUGUAUAUUGAGUUCUCGAUCCUGUUUUGGGGUUAUUUUUGAAGUGCAGAGGGGUCAUCGGGGCUUUUUUGUUCCCCCCCACCCUCCACACCACGCUUUCUCUUGGGUUUUUUGCCCCCACCACCAUCAGCAUCACCUCACCCUCCUCCUGUCCCAGCAUGGCUCGGAUGAACCGCCCUGCGCCGGUGGAGGUCUGCUACAAAAACAUGAGGUUCCUCAUCACACACAACCCCACCAACGCCACGCUCAACACCUUCUUGGAGGACCUGAAGAAAUACGGUGCCACCACGGUUGUGCGAGUGUGCGAAGUGACUUAUGACAAGACACCCCUGGAGAAGGAUGGCAUCACCGUCAUGGAUUGGCCAUUCGAUGAUGGAGCUCCUCCUCCCAGCAAGAUAGUGGAAGAUUGGCUCAACUUGUUGAAGACCAAGUUCUGCGAAGACCCCGGCUGCUGCGUGGCUGUGCACUGUGUGGCUGGCCUGGGGCGUGCUCCUGUCCUCGUCGCACUGGCCUUGAUUGAGAGCGGGAUGAAGUAUGAAGAUGCCAUCCAGUUCAUCCGACAGAAGCGCAGAGGAGCCAUCAACAGCAAGCAGCUGACGUACUUGGAAAAAUACCGACCAAAGCAGAGACUCCGAUUUAAGGACCCUCAUAACCACAAGAACAAAUGCUGCAUCAUGUAACCUCAAUGACCUCUUGCCAAAACCCGUGCACACAGACACCCGGGCGCUCACACACAUCCCAACCCCUUCACCUCCUCGCCCAGCCCUGCGCAUCCCCACACGCUGCCCCACUGCCAGGGCUGGGGUAGGGGGGUACAUGGAGCACCACCAACGUGUGCCAGCACCCACAGCACCAUCAUCUUGGACCCCUGAAAAGGGCUGCUCUCUCCAGCUAUAGCUCCAGGAGGGAGGGCAGCGCUGCCCUUUGUUUCUUGGCAUUAUCAGUGAGCUCAUGAUGGUUCUUCAUCGCCUUCCUCCUCCCUUUCCCUUCCCAUUGUACUUACAGGGAUGGGUGAAGGGUGCUUGGUUUGGGGUGAUGCAGGCAGACCAGUGCCAGCUGAGAAAGGAUGGGGAGCAGGAGGGCUGGAGCACCCCCACCAAAACUCUUUCCCACCUCUUCCCUAUAAAUAAGGGCUGAAGCAGCAGGGACAGAGGUGGGGAUGGCUCAAUGACUGUGGGGAAGAUGGUAGCAGGGAGAGAUGAAGGGGGCUCAGCUUGGUGCCGGCCUUGUGGCCAUGAGAAGGGAUAAGCUAAGUCCUCCCCCUGCACCAUUCCCAUUCUCCUUUACCACUUCACCAUCUCCCCAUUACCUUGAUGCCAUCCAGGAUGCUGCACAUGGGGCUUGCUGCAUGAGGUGACCAUGGCAGGGCUGUAAUGCACCCACUUUACCAGGGUGCAGGCUCAGCACUGAUGCCCCCCAAAGUCUGGGUGCUCUUACAGCUUCCAGAUUCAAUGCACAGAGUGGUGGGUUCUCAUCUGCCAUGUCCCCACCACUGAUCCAUGGUGUGAGCCCCAAUUCUGCCUGCAGUACCCAUGGGGAUGUUCCUCUUGGAGCACAUCCGUGUCCUCCACCGCUGUGUUUGCUGGCCAAGGGGCUGUGCUGCAGCUUCCAUGGGGGAUUGUGGGUGCUUCUGGCAAGAGCACGUCACCAAACUUGGCUCCUGCCUUUCCCACAGCUCUAAAUGGCACCCCAAACCCCCCCCCCAACCCUUGACACAUGCCCUGGUGGGGUGGACUCAGAGCUGCCCCAUAGCCCAGACAUUAGACAUCUCUUCCACUCUGCCUUUGAACGCUUGCAGCAGCUGGAGCAAUGGGCACAUAGGGGCAGGGGUGGGUUUUCUUUAAUGAGGAUAAGAAGAAAUUUGCUAAUUAAAGGUAAAAAAACCUGAAGAAAAUAAGCUGUGUUCCACACGUCCUCUGGCCUUUCUUUCUCCCAUCAGAUCCAUGGCACUGGGUCACCACUGGGUACCAUCCACGGUCAACUGUGGCCCAAUGGAUGCUCUGGGUGUCCCUUGGGCUCACUGCUGCUCACCCCUCAGCUGUAGAGUAUUGCCGUUUUGGGGACAAGGAGGGCUAGAUACCCAGUGUCUUGUGGUUUUAGGCUGCCCAACUUGAGGUGCCUUCAGUGCCCUUUGUUGGGUAUCUCCAAAGGUUUGUGUGCCUUCCACAACAUAGGUUAUCCAGAGACAAUGGCUUCAGAGGGUUCAUCUAUUGGGAUAAAGGGUGAGGAAGGCUGUUUAGACACCCACAGUACCUGCAAAAGGGUAGGGGAUGUCUUUGUGCCACCACACAUAGGCAGAGGAGGAGGCUGGAGCCAUUCCCAGUAUGAUUCCUCCAAAUGGGAAUGAGUCCCACUCUACAGCAGGAAUGGCCAUCCAAUGGGACAUGUUGCUGAGUGAAGUGGGACCAUAAUGCAUGGCUCCAGGGUUGUCAUUCCACGCACCUUGGCCUGUCCAAACCUCCAUACUGUGAGACACCCCUUGGUCCUUUGAGUUUCUCCUGCCCCAUUCCAGACUGUUGAGUCCUGUGUCCCAUGGGAAAGGCGGAAAUGGUUGAAGGGUCUGCACUGGUUGGGAAGGGUGAGAGAUUGUGCUGAUAACACCCUGAUCCUGUAUUACAGCAGUUGUUAGGUGGUCACCACCCCUUCCUGCCUUGGUGUGUUCUGCUGCUACAAUAGGUGCUUUGUCCACAGGGGCAAUAGGAGGUGGCUUGGCAAUGAGGUGGGAACAGCCCCAAUCCCUGUUAUCUGGGAGACUUCACAGUCCCAUGUGCUUCCUGGUCACAACAGGCUGUGCCAUGACUUGCAAAGAGUGAGGAUAAAGCUUUGGGAGCAGUUGCUUUGCAGGCUUGGAGAUGUUUCUGCCCUGAUAAGAGAUGUUUUCCUCAUGCAUGCUUAUGGAUCCAUCACAUAGCGAAUGGUCCUGGGCUUCAGACAUGAUGCUUUUGAGUUGGGGUCAAGACAGGGACAGAGGAGCUUAAAUUCAGCCUCCUUUGGCCAUGGGGACUCUUCACCUCAGCUUGAUGGGCUCGAACACAGAGGAGAGAGGAGGCUUUGCAGUGAUCCUUCGCUUUAUGUAGCAUCAACCCAACCACCUUAAAAAUGGGGCUUCCAGUUCUGGACCUGGUGCAAUCCAUGUGGCCAAAUCCUGACCACCCCUGGCUGUCAGAGCAGCAUCUUCAUCCCCUUAUGAAUCACUGCAAAAAGAGAGGAAAUAAUGAUGGUUUAAUUGUCCUUUUUUCUCUUCUUUUAAUGGGCAUCUCCCCCUGUCUUGGAACUUGCUGUCACCUCCCAGGUAUUAGCUCCUGGGUGUUUCAGCCUACAGAUGGACGCAGAAACACUGACGAUGGGUUUCCCAACCAGGUUUUGGGUUACAAAACCUCAAAGAGCCAAGUUCUGUCACUAAAAUCAUGGCACAGUUGGGGACGAGGGGAAGUUGGAGCUCAGUAGACACACGGCACCAGAGCAAGGCCUGGGUGGCCAAUGGCUCAUGGUUUGGGCUGGUUUUGGGGUCUCCUUGUGCUCUGAUCCCCGUUUCUCCUCAGAUGCCCAGAUAUUGAAAGGAGAGCCUUAAAAAUCUGACUUACUUGCCCAUUCUGUUAUGGCUCCAGUUGUCUUCCUUGGGUCCUGGCACAUGUCAUUGGAGACAGACACACCAUGGCUUUGCCUGCAAACCAGCCACCUUAUCCUGCCCUUUUCUGCAGAAGCAAAGGCACAAACUGGGUAUUAUAGAUACCUGCUUUCCUUCUCCAUGGAAAGCUUCCAUCUUUCCAUAGGUCACAGGCUUCAGACUGGUAGCAGGAGAUCCGGAGACCCAAGGGUGGCAAAGCAGAGAUGCCCAAUCCAUCAAACCAAGGGCUUGUAGGCUCAUUUAGGAAUCAUGGCUGAAUCAUGGCAUAAAUCUGAGCAGGAACUGAUAGUUGUGUCCUCACCAGUGGCACCAUGUGCGUUUCAGUUACAAGGCUCAUGUGUCCCUUCUGUUCUCCCUGUUUGCCAAUGGGAUGGAGCAGGUGUUGGGAGCAGAGGGAAGGGAAGGCAAUGGAAAUGGCCAGCUCUUUAUUUAACCAAGGUCUGGUGAUGCUUAUUUAGACUUCACAUCUGUAAGUUCAUAGAAUGAGUCUUGCAAUGAGGCUGAUACUGCAGUGCUUGGGCUGAGAGCUUUGGGUGAGGAGCCUUUAUGAGUAACAUUACCCAAGGAAGCAGAGUCUUUAUCUACAAUAGAAAGAGUUGGGGUUGGUUUCAUUUUGUCCCUGGGUUGGUUUGGUUUCCAAUAGUCCCAGUGAGAAAAACUCCCAGGGAGUUCAGUGACUUCCAUGCAGUUUCCAACCUCUUCCAUCUCUGCUUCCAGCGGGCUGGGAAGGUGCAGUUUGCUGGUGGAUUUCAAUGGGAUGCUGUCUGCUGGGAGGAAAAUGCUGCUGCUUUCUUUGUGCAGGGUGUUGGGGGUCACGGGCUGGCUGUGGUCCUGCAGACAUUCCUGGGAAUGGGGGGGCAUUCCAACGACGAUCUCCCAGUGAACUCUCCACUUCCCUGCUGUGUCUUUCUGUGCAACAAAGAGCUGCAUAUUUUCCUUUCUAACUCCAUGGGCAACCCUAGUAGUAUAUAGAUUAAGCCCAGAUGACUUAUUUGGGGGGGGGGGGGUAUUUUGUUUCUUCUGGUCUGAGCCAUAGCUAAGUUAUUAUACCCAAUGCUUUUUGUAUCGGAUGGCAUCACUUUGAAUAUGCAGAUGAGGUAUAGGAUCUUGACACUUUAUAACCUUUUUAAGAAAGAAACUUGUCUGUUUACUUACAUCUUGUGUAAAAAAAGGAGUAAAAACCAGCCCUGUAUGCCUUUGAGUAAUCACUUUUUGUUGUUGUUGUAAUGAAAUGAUGGUGGUUACACUCCAGCAGCGAAAUAAACAGCGUUCACUGUUUUGUA